CGCGGUUGGGGCAGGCGGUUCCAUUGCCCCUGCGGGCGGGGAGAGUGUGGAGGUUCCGUGCGUGACAUCACAAUCGCCUCCAGACGGGGGCGGGGCCGCAGCGGCCUUUCCCAGCCGAGACGACCACCCUGAUCCUUGGCCCUAGUUCCCUCUUUCCCUUUCCCCUUCCCUCCCUCCCCCCCUCCCUCCCUUUCUCCAUACCCUGUUCGGCUGCUCUGGUACCGAUCCUAGAACCCCAGCCCCGGUACCGGGGGUGCGCCUCCGCCCGAGGGACUGGGAGGAGGACUCUGCAAAUGAGCAUCACCUACAUCAACAGGUUACCCAACUGGGAGAGAAGGCACCUGGAUAGCGGGGGAUCCAGCACUGAGGAGUCUACCUGCUCCUCUGAAGCUGACCUCCAGGAGAACGACAGGUGCCACUGGAAUCACACGCAGUGUGCUAGGCACAUCCUUCACCCCCUGGUCUCGGACUACGGCCACCACCAGCUGCACCUGCAUGCUGUCAGCCACUGCGACUGUGAUUCCAGGGGGAAAGACUGCUCAGAGAAAGCCAACAGCAGCAGCAGCAGCUCCCAGGAUGUGGGACCAGCUUGCUUCAAGAUCAUCCAGACCCCUUGCUAUGAGCUCAUCCCAGAGGAGGAGUGCGUGGAACGGUUCUGGUACAGCUGCCCUCUGUCCCUGUCACCCUCCCCUCACAGGUGCAAAAGCUACAGGCCUGUCUCGGUAGCAGUGAUCCACCACCCUGUCCACCACGAGUACGUGGGAGAUGAACUCCAUGAAGACGAGGAAGAAGCUGGCCAGCCCCCCAUCCCGACCCAGGUGGGGCCCACCAAGCCCCCCAGCCCGAACCAGGUGGGGCCCACCAAGCCCCCAGACACAAGCACCGGCACAGUCACUGGCCUCCCCACCGGUGCCCCCGACUCGGCAGCCCCCAUCACCAUCUGGCGCUCCGAGAGCCCCACAGGGAAGAACCAGGGCAGCAAGGUGACCAAGAAGGUAAAGAAGAAAAAGGAGAAAGAGAAAGAAAAAGAGGAGUCAUCGUCGGACAGGGAGAAGACGAAGCUCAAGAAGAAAGUCACGAAGGGCAAGGUGACGAAGAAGAAGAGCCCCCUGAAGUCGGAGCCGUCUCCUCCAGACUCGGCCCGGUCGGCCAGCCCCCGAGAGCUGACCGUGAUGUCGGAGUCCAGCCCAGACAGCCGGGAAGACCUGGAGAGCGAGGAGAGCAACACUGAGCCCAGACAGGAGAGACCCUCCAGCGAGGAGAGUGCGCCCGCCUCUUCACCCAGGAAGAGAGAGAAGCCGAGCCCCACCAAGAAGCCGGCGAGGAAGCUAUCCCCAGCCAAGAAGGUCACCAAGAAGAAAUCGCCUCCGACAUCAAACCCCAAUCUCAGCUGAGGCCAGGGUGACCGAGGUGAAGAAUAAAGUCACUCGAGCCUGUA